AUGUUGCACAGCGAAGAUACAAGCGAACUGAGAUGUGCGGAAUGGCUGCAUGAUAUCUGUGCCAGUGAUGCUGCAAUAAAGGCAUUUUUGUUAAUCCUUGGGCCUCUUUCUCUUCGAUCGAAAAGAACAAAGAACUGCCUUGCUCUAGAACAGCCUCCAGUCAAUGAUACGUCCCACUACAAGUCGUCUUCUUUGCUCCUCUCUUCUCCAGACAACCUGAAAGAUAUGAUAUCUAUUCCGGUAUUUUCCACCAGCAUAUACGGAGUAACCGGGAGACUACGUGGUUUGAGCUUCUAUGAAGACAAAGGACAUAGGGACAAUACGUCCCUUUAUAUAACCUUGGUAAUGACCAGGGAAUCGUCAACCUUCUCUUCCAAAAACAGAACAAUGUCAUCGAUUUCGUCUGGAAUCUUGUGCCAAUGUCCAACUCGGGAUACCAUUUUCCAUGUAACAUUCAUUUUGAGCUACUCUGACAGCAAAUUGGACGUCCCUUUCUCCGUGGUGGACAAAGACCUUAGGAUCCGCAGCGCCAUGGCCGAGAAAGAUUGGAACUUUGAGAUGGUUUAA